UAUUUUCAUCGGGAAUUCCCAAUGAACGACUUGCAAAAUUCCAAAUUGCUUUACAUUUAUUUAGUUAUACACACGUGCUCUUGGUGACUUGGUGACUAUGUGAUUGUGAUAAAUAUUAUGGUUGUUAAGGGUGUUGUAUUGUGUUUAUGGUUUGUUUUUUUAGGUAUAACUACUGCAACAUUAGAAAGUUUUCCCAAUACUACAAGGUCUACCAUCAGAAAGCGGCGGCAAAGCAGUUUGGAAUGUACUCUUCCGCCACAAUUGGAGAAUGGAAGGUGGCUAGUAACUGAAGCGGAUGUUAAACCAGGUGAUAAAGUAGACUUUAACUCAAUAAUAAGAUUAGAAUGUCAUGAAGGUUACCAAUUAUACCCUGAUAUUCGUUUACAAAUUUGUGAUAGCUACUGGAAUGAAAACAAUUUGCCAACUUGCAAAAAAAGAUGCCCCCCAUUUUAUUCAACGGCAACUACCACGUUAACAUGUAAAGAUAUAAAUAACGAAGCAGUCCCUUGUGAUAAAGCCGUUAAUGGUACCUAUUUAACUUAUAAUUGCAACGAUUAUCAUGAAAUACCACCAGGAGGUAGUAAUAUUCUCUACUGUGACGACGGUGUAUGGGACUUUCAGAAACCUAUAUGUCAACCAAUUUGCGGAAAAAAAGUUAAAGUGGGAGAAGCAACUGCAUUACUUUGGGGUGGCAGACAAGCUAAUGAUUAUGAAUUCCCCUGGGUUAUAGCGGUAUUUAAAAUCUCAGGAACAGGUUUCGAGAAUAUAUGUGGGGGAACGUUAAUAAGCAGAAAAGUUGUUAUAACUGCUGCUCACUGUGUUACUGAUACUUAUGGUAAUGCUCUGGACCAAAACAAAUUUCAAGUUGCUGCUGGAAAAGUUUACAAUGCCUUCGGAGAUAAACGAGAUGUACAUGCACAGUAUAGAAAGAUAUCAAAAGUAAUUGUUAAUGAUGGAUAUAGGGGGGAAACUCAAAAAUACAUUGCUGAUGUGGCUUUACUCAUUACCCAAGAGCUUUUUAAACUUGACCCAAUCGUUCAGCCAAUAUGUAUGGAUAAUAUGAAUAGCGUACAUUUAACUAAUUAUCAAAUAGGAGAGGUAGCUGGUUGGGGCCUUACUGAAGAAGAAGAGCCCUCAGAAAUCCUUAAAGCAAUAAGAAUACCAUACAAAGAUAGUGCCACAUGUGCUAAAGAGCUACCACCAAGUUGGGAGGAAGUGUAUAAUAUAUUUGAUAAAAUUUGUGCUGGUCGUCAGAAUGAAAAUAUUGCGGUCUGUAAAGGAGACAGCGGGAGCGGUCUUGUUUUUAAAAAUCGAGAAGACAAUAGAUACUACCUCCAAGGAAUAGUAAGUAUAGCACCAACUUUACAGAAUUCUCAAUGUAAUUACCAAACGAACGCCUUAUACACCAGUGUCCAAUUCUACUACUCUUUUAUAACAAGAGAAAUGUCUAAAUAUUUCAUAGAGGACUGCAUACUUCCACCCUAUCCAAAAAAUGGAAAAUGGUUUCUAGAAGGUGGCGUAGAAAAAAAGCCCGGUGAUAUUGUAUUGUCCAGCACGAUCUUACGAUUUUCAUGUAAUACGCGAUAUAUAUUGUCUACUAUUUCAGCAUAUAAUGACUGUCAAAGUUAUUACAGUCAUCCAACAUGUUUAAGAAUAUGUCCUAAACCUUUAUUACCGAGUGGAACACAAAUGCUCUGUAAAAACUCUAAGAAUCAAUAUAUAGACUGUACAGAUAUUGCUGAUGGUAGCAGUAUAACGUUUACAUGUCCAAACGGUUUUGUAUCCGACAGAGGCACAUCUACUAGUACCAGAUUUUGUCGAAAUGGAGUAUAUGGUAAUUCUGCACCUUCUUGUAUAGAUAUAAAACAAAAGCCAGUGCAUGUUUCUAAUACAUCAGACAAAUCUAAGAAAACAACAAAACAUACAACAGCGACAACGGCGACGACUACAAGUAUGAUUACUACACCAAAUCCCUCAAUUACAUUAGAGAAGUCAGUUACAAGUCAAAUUAUUAACGACGGAAAAAAAGUGAUAUGUUAUUACUCUGGAUGGACGGCAUAUAAUGGCUCAUAUCCAGAAGAAGUUGAGCCUAGAUUGUGCACUCAUAUAGUUUACGAAUAUAUUGGCAUUCAUCAAAACGGAGAGUUGGAUCUGGAGGGAAAAGGACCAGAUUUACAUAAACUGACGAUGGAUUUAAAAAAUAAAAACAAAGAUUUAAAAGUGAUGAUCAGCGUUGGUGGCAGCAGAAUUAGUUACACACUGCUUAGAACGCUCUUCACAGAUAGUGAAAGAAAAGAAUCUUUUCUGUAUAGUACCGUAGAAAUGAUACAAGCCUACAGUUUUGAUGGAUUGGAUGUUUCCUGGAUGUUCCCAAAACCCAGUGACAAGGAUAGAUAUAUUAGCCUGUUGGACCAAAUUAAACGUAUUUUUAAACAUUAUGGAUGGCUACUGAGUGUUACUGUAUAUCCUAAAUUGGAAGACACUGGAUACGAUCCUCUAAAAAUGGAUAGCAUAGUAGACUGGGUAACUAUUAAGACCCUUGAUGUAUAUAAUACUUUGUUUUUCAAAGUUAAGGACAUCCAACUUUACACUGGCUACGAUUGGAAGAAAGAAGAUUUAAAUUUAAAUAGAGAAACAGUUAUCAGAAACUGGCUUGAUGCAGGUCUAUCUAAAAAUAAGUUAAUUAUGGGAAUUGAGUUGUAUCCGAUCAAAUUUACAUAUAUGAACGCCAAUAACACAAAAGAAAAACCCAAAGUAGUCAUACAUGGAUACGAUGAGAAGCGGUGCCCAGAUUACCGACUACUUCAGAUUAACUGGGCUAUUAAAAGGGAUAAUAAUACAGAAAACGAUUAUGUAUAUGGACAUCACCUUAACGUAUGGGUUGGUUGGAACGACGCAGAUUAUAUUUUUUCGAAAGGCCGCUAUGCAAAGGAUAAAAGAUUGGGUGGUUUGGCUGUUUUUAAUAUAGAACAAGAUGAUUACAAAGGAGUCUGUGGAGCAAAAUUAGUUCUAUUGAAGGGGUUACUUAAUGGUUUCGGGUUUUCGGAUAGUUCGUUUAUUAGAAAAAAAACGUAUUUAAAUAAAUUUAUUGGUACAUAGA